CCUAACUUUAAUCUAAUCUAACCUAGAUCGUAUUUCUACCUUGUAUGUAAUGAAAGUUGAAUUUCGAACUGGAUUAUUACUGCCUCGUGUAAAAUUCAACAAGUCUGAUUGAAAAGAGAAAGAUUAACGUGCCAACAAAUAAUAUAAUAUAAAGAUAUAAUAAUAUAAGUUGAAUCGCGAUAAAAAAAAUCGCUCGCGUCUGAAGGAUUAAAAUCCUAACCCUGAAUAUAUGAUAUAAUACAAAAAAAUAUGUAAGUUUUAUAUUAUCUCGACAAAAUUAUCCAUUACGAAACAAAAGUAAAAUCAAAAGAGAACAGAGGUGUCGAAGAGAAAAAUCGAAAAACAAUAAUCAGUCGACAUUCAUCAAAAAUUCUUUAAAAAAAUGUGAGGCAUCUUUUAGCGUUUGAGAUAAUUGAGAAAAAUGUUUCGAAGUAGAAGCUGGUUCGGUGGAGGGCUUUGGAAGCCUAAAAAUCCUCAUUCUCCGGAGCAUCUUAAAUACUUGUACAAUGUCUUGUCGAAGAAUCAAACCGUGUCUGAGAACAACAGAGGUUUACUGGUCGAAACUCUACGUUCAAUCGCUGAGAUUCUCAUAUGGGGUGAUCAAAAUGAUAGCAGUGUAUUCGAUUUUUUUCUGGAGAAAAACAUGCUUUCAUUCUUUUUGCGUAUUAUGAAACAAAAAUGUGGAAGUUAUGUAUGUGUUCAACUGCUUCAAACGUUAAAUAUUUUAUUUGAAAACAUACGCAACGAGACGUCUUUAUAUUAUCUAUUGAGUAAUAAUCAUGUAAACAGUAUAAUAGUGCAUAAAUUCGAUUUUAGUGAUGAGGAAGUAAUGGCAUACUAUAUUAGCUUUCUGAAAACACUGAGUUUAAAAUUAAAUGCACAUACCAUUCAUUUCUUUUAUAAUGAGCACACCAAUGAUUUUCCGCUGUACACGGAAGCAAUUAAAUUCUUCAAUCAUUCGGAGGGCAUGGUGCGCAUAGCCGUGAGAACUUUGACGCUAAACGUGUAUCGCGUCGAGGACGCAUCCAUGCUGGCUUUCAUAAGGGAUCGUACAGCCGCACCGUAUUUCAGCAAUCUCGUAUAUUUCAUCGGUGACCAUAUUAUAGAACUGGACACCUGCGUUCGAAAUGAUGCCGAUCAUCAGAGUCAAAAUCGACUGUCGGAUUUAGUUGCGGAACAUUUGGAUCAUUUGCAUUAUUUAAAUGAUAUUUUAUCCCUGAAUAUACCAGACUUGAAUAAGGUUUUAUCGGAACACUUGUUGCACAAACUAUUAGUCCCGUUGUAUGUUUAUUCUCUGAUGAAGUACAAGAAUGUUUCGUGCCAAAUUCAGGAUGAACGUAAACACGUCAGCGUCGUGGUAGCGCUUUUCCUACUCUCUCAAGUCUUUUUGAUAGUUUCACACGGACCUCUUGUGCACACAUUGGCGGUCAUAAUGUUCAUGUCUGACUUGGAGACAAUUCAAACUGGAACAAAUAGGGUCUUGGAGAAGCUUCAGGAUGCAACGUCGAAGUCUUUUACGCUGUCGAAAGACACGUCAUUGGAAAAAUCGCUGGAAAGCGAUCUGAGCGUCGAAACGCUGUCAAUUUCCGAAGAACCUGGCAAUGAAGAGAGCGACACGAGAAACGCGAAGGAAUUGACCGUGCAGGCUUCGAUUGACAACUCGCAAGAAUUCAAUAAUCAUCCAAGCACGUCUUCCGAUGUUGCUGCAACAGCAAAUAUGAAUACGCCGCUAAAUAGAAGCAUUCCGCACGAAGAGGGUUUAGAGGAGAUCAAACAGUUGAAUGUGACGGAUGAGGAGAAGGAGCAACGCUUGGCCUUGGAGAGUCCCUUGUUGUCUCAGCAAAGUCAGAGUGACGUACUCGAAUCUUUAGAGAAGAAGCCAUUUCUAGAAACAAUAAUCAGUUCAUUAUUAUGCGCGGAAAACGAUUACGCUGCGUUAUUCGCCCUUUGUCUACUAUACGCAUUAGCUAAUAAUCGAGGUAUAAGUCAUACAACUCUGGAUGUAAUCUUGUCUCCGUUUCAUAAUACGACUAUGAAAAAUUCAUAUAAUGAAUUGCUCAUGGAUAGAUUGAUUCAUAUUAUAACUUUGAGCUGCCAGACUAACACCAAAGUGAGGCUCGUUACAUUAGAGUUAACCAUUAAACUAUUAACACAAUUGACGGUAUCCGAAGGACAAUGUUUAUUACGAGAGUCGCACUUGGCAGCCGUUGAAGCGGCAAAGGAACAAAGCACAUCUUUGCUCAAAAACUUUUACAAGAGUGAAGAUAUUUUCUUGGACAUGUUUGAGGAUGAGUAUAGCGAAAUACAAAAGCGACCGUUGAAUGUCGAGUGGCUGAUGAUGGAUAGCAAUAUUUUAUUGCCUCCUACAGGCACACCUAUGACUGGUAUUGAAUUUAGUAAGAGAUUACCGUGUGGCGAGGUGGAAAGAGCACGACGUGCGAUAAGAGUUUUCUUCCUGAUAAGAGAACUAGCUUUGACGCUCAAUAUGGAACCAGAGACCCAAUUGCCUCUGACCAAUCCUGCUAAUUGCGUGCAAAUUAACAACGUUCUUGAUCUAAAUAAUAGUGACUUGAUUGCGUGUACCGUCGUAUGGAAAGACGGUCAGAAAAUUCGCCGUUUUUUAGUCAUCGACGUGGUACAAUUGAUUCUGGUGGAACCUGACACCAGCAAACUUGGAUGGGGUGUCGCAAAGCUGGUCGGUUUCUUACAAGAUAUCGAUGUGGCCGGCGACAAGGAUGAUUCGAGAUGUUUGCAUCUAACAAUUUACAAACCGUUGAACAGCAGUACGGGCAAUCGUAUACCACUAUUAUCGGCUAAAUUUAUCUUUGACGACCACAUUCGGUGCAUGGCCGCCAAACAGAGGCUAACAAAGGGGCGAAUAAAAGCUAGACAGAAGAAGAUGAAUCAAAUUGCAAGAUUGCUAGACAUUCCGACAAGCGUACCUCAUUGUUCGACACCGCCCAAUUAUGCCUUGCGUGGUUUACGACACGAACGUAUCGUCGGCCGUGGUCAAAGACCGCAAAAGGAACAAGCGAGGCCGAUGUUUAUGGUAAACAAAGUUCCUGGAUUCGCCGCGCAAAUGCGUAGAGAAAAUAGACCAGCGGCAUCGCCAAAUUCCAAACGCGACGACGCCAGCUCGAGCGAGAAGGUUCACGAGAACGGCUUGCGUUCUAGAGACAGCUCGCCCAAGAUGCCGAGGCCACGAAGCGAGGAGAUCCCUUUAGAGGAUAUGCGUAUCCGCAAAGCUUCCCUCACGUCCAACGGGCUGAACGCUUCACAUAUGUGUUCGGAAAGAAGGGACAGUCAGGGUGCAGCUUGCUUAAACAGCAAUGAAUCUUCAUCUAUGAUCAGGAAACACUCCGAGGAAACGUCCUUCACAUCUCCACAAGGACAAGAAUCUAAAUCGCGUAGAAAGGGUCAAGUGGAAACUGUAAUUCGAAAUCGGCCCAUGAUGGUGUAUAAUGUUCUACCAAACAAUUGGAAAAAUCAAAUUCCAAUGCGCGCGUUCCCUGUCUUGAACAACCACGCGAUUUUGCCACAACGCGGCACUCCUGCCAAGGAUUUUUAUUCUAUAAACAAGAUACAGGAAUAUAGUUCACAAUACAAACCAGAGUUAGCAAUAUUGCCGUCCACUCAUCGAGGGGACAUAGAUGAUGACAAAGGACCCAUCCAUACGAUUCCGGCACCUAAUCUAAGUCCAGCCGAUAAGCCUUAUUCGGCGACCGAUUCGGAAAAGGUUUUGCAGUAUCGUCCAUCGUACUCGAAUGAUCCCAAUUAUCAUAACACUGCGCAAAAUCCUAUGACAAGCACUUUUGGAUCAGACGCAAUUAACAGCAGUCUACCGCCGCAAAGAAUAGCAACAGAUCCAUUACAACAUCAAUACGAAGUUACAGAGAGAAACGACAUAACUUUGAAUGAGCAUAAAACUAUCCAACUGCCCGAAGCAACCCAUCAAGUUCAAGAUUUAGAUAUAAUGAGGCUAUAUUCGAUUAUAAAUAACAAUAAUCCUCAUCAAACCUUACAGUCCAACGAGCUUUUUGCUGUUAACCCGAAUACAGGAUCGAAUAAUAAUAUACAAAUCGGUCAACCAAGUAUGCCGAUGCAAACCAAUCUUCAUGGUUCCUUACACGUCGGAUUUCCUCCCGCAGGCAUUCAGACACCGUACACUAUAACGCAGCAGAUUCCAGCAGAGUUCAAUACAGGUCAUUCAAUUUCAACAGGGUCACCGCUGUCAGCAGCGCAAUUUUACGACCUCUUGAACAAUAUUCCACCCAAACUUACGGAGCAAUAUACAUCAGAUCAGCAAGUUCUUCAACAGCAACUUGGCCAAAUAUUCCAACCAGAUGUAGCAACAAGCUUUUCCCAACCGCAAAUGCAUUCUUUUAAUUAUGAUGAACAGGCUAAUCAAUUAUUACAACAGCAGCAGCUACAGCAACAACAACAAUUACGUCCCGAAAGUGUCACGGCGGAUUAUAAUUUGGGUUUGGGAUCUUCGAUAAAUACACGUAGGCAGAACGAUGCCCAAAUUAACGAGGAAUUAACAUAUUCUAUAAAUGGAAUUGAGCAACCCGAAAAUAAUAUUGAUAAUGAAGAAAUGACGACAUAUCAAAUAAACCCAACGAUGACGUAUCUCGAUAAAAUGGUCGAUGCUGGUGCCAUAUCGACAAAUUUCUACACGACACUCCCUAAUAGAGAAACUGCUGAAAAAUUAGCCGCCCUGGCUGCCGCCGGUCACGUCAACAGUCGUCUUAUAAAUCAGUUGCAAAAACAGCAGAAAAAAGAUGCACAGAAAAACGCAGUGCCGCUUAAUCACAAGAGCGAUGACGAUCUUGGGAAUCAACAGCAGAUCGAUAAUGAUGAACAGAUGACGUAUAAUCGACAAAAAAUACAUCAACAGCAGCAGCAGCAUCAUAGGCAAAAUCUUAAAGUACAAAACGAUGGAAAGUUGCCAAUGCAAAUUAUGAUACCCGAUGAUAAGAAUGAUUACGCUACGAGUGACGAUAAUCAACAAAGUAAUAAUAUAGAAAAAGAUAACGUAGACAUGGAGUACGAAUAUGAAGAUGGGGAAAUUGAAGAUUCGCAAACUGCAGCUUUGUUUAAAACAGCAUCUCGCGAUAAUAAUUCCCAUAUUGAAUUUGGCAUCCGUUUGUAAAAGAGAGUCACUACUUUUCUAAUUGUAAGCUAUAUUAUACAGGGUAUCCCAUAGAAAAUUGCUAAAAUUAAUCACGUGUCAUUUAUUAAUGCAUGCAGUCAUUGAGAAAACAAAAAUUGUGUUGAAAAGAGGAAAGUCUACAGUUUUUAA